UUGAUUUUGAACAAAGCUUGUGAUGUUAUGUUUGGUUUAUGUCAAUUUUGGAGACAAAAUCUAGUGCAUCAGAUAUUCAGCUCAACUAAAAGAUUAAAGUAACUUGAUAAUGUCUACAGUAAAAAGGGACUUUGGGUCAUUCCAUGCCUCAAAUGUACAGGAGCUGCUGGAUCUGUCAAAUGAAGAAUAUACACCACCACCAGCUCCUUUUACUUGUCCAAAAUUUGAUAAAUACAGAACUGAAACACCACACUUUGGGAAAGAUAUGAGGAAUAAACAUUUUCACUUAGAGGAAGACUGUGUAUUUCUGAAUCAUGGAGCAUUCGGUGGUGUUUUGAGAGAAGCUCUCGAGACAGCCCAGAAGUACCAGGUGUGGGUGGAAAAACAACCACUGAGGUUUUAUGAUCGUGAGUUACUACCCAGGCUGGUCUAUGUAACCAGGAGGAUCGCACAGUUUGUUGGUUGUGAUCGCCGUGACCUUGUUUUGGUGGAGAAUGCUACAACUGCGCUCAAUACGGUCAUACAGAGUGUGCCUCUGGGGCCUGGGGAAAAAUUGUUCUGCCUCAGUACCACAUACGGCGCAGUUAAGAAAAUGUUAUCCUGGUGUUGUGAGCAGACUGGAGCUCAUCUUUGCCAGGCAACCGUGGACUUCCCCAUCACAGACGAGCAGCAGUUGGUUGAUCUGGUAGAGAGAAACCUAGAGGCGGGCACAAAACUGGCAGUGUUUGACCACAUUUCCAGUAAUACACCUUUCGUUAUGCCAAUCAAAGAUAUCAUCAGAGUUUGCCAUGAAAAGCACAUACCAGUGCUGGUUGAUGGAGCCCAUGCUCUAGGCUCCCUUCAUCUAGACAUCAGCUCCCUGGAUGCUGACUACUAUGUAACUAAUGCUCACAAAUGGCUGUGUGCCCCAAAAGGAACUGCCCUUAUGUAUGUAAGGAGAGAAUUGCAGGAAAAAACUCGGCCCUUGAUAGUUUCGCAUGGUUUUGGGUCUGGUUUUAACUCAGAGUUUAUAUGGGCUGGUUUGCACGACUACAGCCCAUUCCUGGCUCUCCAUACGGUGUUAGAUUUCUGGGAAACCUUGGGAGUAGAAUCCAUACUCAACUACACCCAUGACUUGGCUAAAAAGGCUGGAGAUAUGCUUGUCAAGGCCUGGGGAACAGAACUUGCGGCCCCGCCUCACAUGUUUGGCAGCAUGAGUCUCGUAGGCCUUCCACCAUCGCUGUACGCCCAGGAGAAACCAGCGGACUACUCCGUCGCCGAGAAAAUACAGAACGACCUCUACCACCAGUAUAAUAUGGAGGUACCUGUCAAGAGUGUACAGGGCCGCUUGUAUGUGAGGAUAUCAGCACACAUCUACAAUCAUCUAGGCGAGUAUGAGCUUCUCAGGGAUGCUGUGAUAGGCAAGAUGCAAGAAAAUAAAAAUUAAUGUUACUUAUUUGUUUUCCUUUUUUGUGUUGGAAGGUGAUGGCCGAAUGACUCUUGU